ACCCUGCUGAGCGAGCAAGAGAGCGUGUGUCUCUGUUUGUGAUACACAGAGAGGCAGCCGAGAUGAGAGUGUGAAGCAGUGAGAGGAAAAACCUAGAAAGAAGAGUAAAGGCGUUCAAAGAAGGGGGAGGGAGACACCGAACACAGCAAAAGGCAGAGCAGAUUGGCAGAAAGAGAAGAGAAGAGGGCAGGGGAGGGAGAAAAAGUGUUAUGUGGAUGUACUAUCUUUAAAGUCCUAGAGCCAAUGUGAAGAGAUGCAAGAGAUUUGUAGUGACUAGAUGACCAGCCACUACACACACCACCAGCAUCCUGUCCAGGAGCCUUGACAGGAGGACGACAAAAAUCCACACACACACUCAAAGGAAAAACACUCUCUUCAACCAGUCCCAUAUCCACUGGAUCAUGUCGUCGACUGGGUCAACCAACCACAACAAGCGUCUGACAUCGGAGACAGAAAACUCUCAGAGGGUGUUGGACAAUGAUUCCGCCCAGCACCUGAAGCUGAGGGAGAGACAGCGCUUUUUUGAAGAGGUCUACCAGCAUGAUGUGGACAACUACCUGCCCUCAGCUCACCUGCAGAUCGACUGCAGAAAACCCCCCAUGGGAAGUAUAUCUUCUAUGGAGGUGAAUGUGGACGUCCUAGAGCAGAUGGACGUGAUGGACAUCUCUGACCAGGAGGCCCUCGACGUUUUCCUAAACUCAGGCUCAGGAACAGAAGAGGAAGCGCUGGCAUCUCCACUACCAGAGGGGGAGGAUGAAGAAGAAGAAGAGGAGGAUGAAGAUGCAGAGGUUGUCUACAGGGAGCAUGCACCUUUGAAACGGCAAAAUGAAGUUGACUCAAAGUCUCGCAUGUCCUCCACAUCAUCUGGUUCCAGUGAUACCAGCGGGGGUGGAGUCGACACACCUGUGAUCCAGUCAGAUGAUGAAGAAGUCCAUGCCGACACUCUGCUGCUGACCUCUGUUCCCCAUACCAGGGAUGAAGAAACAGAGGAGGAAGAAGAGGAGGAAAGAUGCCUUGCAACUAAAUCUUCAUAAAGACUGAAUUUUCUCUCAGUAGAGAGGGUAAAAGGAGUCGGAGAGCUCUCC